AUGACCUACACAUCAGAAAAGCCAGAGGAGGACCCGGAACGAGGGCUAUUGAUCAAGUCACCGGUGAAUUAUGAAACAGAUGAGAAGAUCGAAUAUGCCAGUGAUCAUGAGUCUGAGGCAUCUACGGAGCGGUUGAUCCCAGGUCCCAGCUUCAUUAUCUGGACUGGGAUCAACAUCCUCUCGACCGUUGCCAUCACCCCUCAUUCCGCAACUGCCAAGUAUCAUUCGCAGCAUAUCACUUCUUCGUCACCGGUGCCACAUUAUGGGCCGCAUCGCGUCCCUGGUGCGGCUUCUUCGUUCCCAAAAGCGUAG